UUGCUCUGAGUGGGCCCCGCUGCUGGGACGCCGGCUCCGGCGCGUGGGCCUCCUCCGAGGCGGAGCUGCGUGCGCUCGGGCCAUGGCGCGCCUGGGCGCGGUGCGCUCGCACUACUGCGCGCUGCUGCUGGCCGCGGCGCUGGCGGUGUGCGCCUUCUACUACCUGGGCUCGGGCCGGGAGACCUUCUCCAGCGCCACCAAGAGGCUGAAGGAGGCCCGCGCCGGGGCCGCCGCGCCCACGCCGCCGCCCGCGCCCGAGCUGGCCCGGGGCUCCGCGGCGCCGGCCUCGGGGGCCAAGGCCAAGAGCUUGGAGGGCGGCGUGGUGGUCCCGGUGGACUACCACCUGCUGAUGAUGUUCACCAAGGCGGAGCACAAUGCGCCGCUGCGGGCCAAGGCUCGGGUGGCGCUGAGCUCCCUGCUGCGCCUCGCCAAGUUCGAGGCGCACGAGGUGCUUAACCUCCACUUCGUGAGCGAAGAGGCCAGCCGCGAGGUGGCCAAGGCCCUGCUGCGGGAACUCCUGCCGCCCGCCGCCGGCUUCAAGUGCAAGGUCAUCUUCCACGAUGUUGCUGUGCUGACAGACAAGCUCUUCCCUGUUGUGGAGGCCAUGCAGAAGUACUUCAGUGCUGGCUCAGGGACCUACUACAGUGACUCCAUCUUCUUCCUCUCGGUUGCCAUGCACCAGAUCAUGCCCAAAGAGAUCCCAAGGAUCAUCCAGCUGGACCUUGACCUGAAGUAUAAGACCAACAUCCGAGAGCUGUUUGAGGAGUUCGACAACUUCCUGCCAGGCGCUGUGAUCGGCAUAGCCAGAGAGAUGCAGCCUGUGUACAGGCACACAUUCUGGCAGUUCCGCCAUGAGAACCCCAAGACCAGAGUUGGGGACCCUCCGCCUGAAGGACUCCCUGGCUUCAACAGUGGAGUGAUGUUGCUGAACCUGGAGGCCAUGCGCCAGUCUCCGCUCUACAGCCAUCUGCUGGAGCCUGCGUGGGUACAGCAGCUUGCUGACAAGUACCACUUCCGGGGCCACCUGGGGGACCAGGACUUCUUCACCAUGAUUGGCAUGGAGCACCCUGAACUCUUCCAUGUGCUGGACUGCACCUGGAACCGGCAGCUGUGCACCUGGUGGAGGGACCACGGCUACAGCGAUGUCUUCCAGGCAUACUUCCGCUGUGAGGGCCACGUCAAGAUCUACCACGGGAACUGCAACACGCCUAUCCCGGAGGACUAGGCACCAGCUCACCCGCAAUGCUGGUGGGACUCCCGGGCUGAGGAAAGAGAGAGAGACUCUGCCAGGACACCCUUCAGGGGCCAGGUGCUGCAGACCUCCCAGCUGGCUGGUUCCUGCCCAGCCGCCAUCCAAAGAAGCUUAGCUGAGCCUUGCUGCCGCUCGGGCCAUUUUUCCUCCAGGGCAUCCUGAAGGACUGACACAGGUGUCUUCCAGUAGGUGGUUGAAGAUACAGAAGGAAGGAGAAUUGCACCCUUGUCCACAUGGAAUCAGAACCCUUGUAAAGAACUGGCUUUGCUAGACUGACUGAGCAUUUCAAGCGGCAGGCUCUAAUGCUUGGUGAGAGAAGAGGAAGGUGCUACUGUGGCUCCCGGUGAGCACUGAGUGCCUAGUCAGGGUUUUAACAAGCAGCCCAGGGCUUAAGCCUCCAAAGGAAUGCCACAGUCCCACAUCCUUUCCCAGGAGGCUUUGCACCUCCUCCAGAUGUUCAUGUUGCUUGGUGCCAGCUUCAAGAGCAGCACCUCUUUAGAUAAAGCCUGAGCACAUAAAAAUCCCCUUAUUAUAGCGUCCACAGCUCUUACCCCUACUGUAUCCCAGAACCCACCUUCUCUUGUCCGUCUACCUGCUCCAGGUGACCUGACUUCUACUAAAGAAUCAAAUCUAUCAUCAAAGGACAGAGAUUGGCCAUGCCAAGGCCUGCCCUAGAUUCACUCCAAGGAGCAGCCUCAAGUCUCAAGUGCCAGGUCACAAGUACAGCUGGGGGGCCUUGGGAAGGGGUGGCCUCCUGCUCUCAUUGUAGUCUCUGGAGAAGAAAGAAAACCAAACUCAUAAUUUUCCACUGUGCCAUGCCAGCCCCUACCCCUUCCCAGAAAUGAGUACCAUUUCCCUGUGUGUUUGAGAUGGGCUCUGUGAGACAACUGCCCACAUGAAGCCCCACAGGCCAUGUCUGUACAGUCCAGCUCAUGUCCUCGGGCAAGAAAUGGGAGUUUCUUAUUAUAUAUUCUGCCAGUACCACGAGCAACAGACACUAGCUGAUGAAUAGACUUUGAGAACUCUUGAGUCACGGUGUUUGUUCUCUGGCCAGGGUUCAGGGCUCUGGAUGGGGAGUAGGAUCAAGCAGAAGGCCUAAAAGGAUCAACCGGCAGGCCUGCACGUGGGCGCAGAACUAUCCCAUUCUAGCUAUUGGCAGGCUCGCCCGCUGCCGGGAAUAAGCCCAGAUGUCUCUGGCUCCUUAGCCCAGACCUCCCAGUUCCAUUCAUGCUGGUGAGGUAGCACAAUCCUUCACUGGCCCUCUGCUGGGCCCAGAUCAUCUGUUCUCCUCGCUACUUGAUUUCCUAUUCAUAGCGUCUGGUUAUUAGAUGCCUGUGUGUACCAGUCAUUGUCUUCAGGAUUUAUAUGUGCCCUAGAUAAUAUUCAUGAAAGCCUCAGCCAGUUCACUCCAGCUCUAAAACUCAUGGAUGAAAACAGAGACAUGGACAGGUCCUCUGCUGUGUUGUUUACUGAAGCUUUUUACUGUGCAAAAAUGUUGGAAACAGCUUGAAAUAUUGGCUAGGGAAGCAGAUAAAUAAUGCAUACUGCAAUUGUAUGGUGGGAUAUAUCGUGAAUCAUUUGAAGGAAUAUUUAAUGUACCAGGAAAUACUUAUGCUAGUGAGUAAAGAAUACACAAUAUAAGAUUGUAUUGUGUCCUUUUAUUUUUUUAAUUACAUAUAUGUGUGCAUCUAUAUAUAUUUGUGUACAAACAGGUACAUACCUGAAGUGCAUAUGUAUGUGUGAAGAGAAAAUUUUAAAAACAAGCCUAGUCUGUAUUUUAUUGUUCAGCUCCUCAGAGACUGUGCUUCAGCCACAUUUACCAAACAGUAUCUCGAUGGGGAGGAAGAGGGAUUAACGUAUAGGAAGUUUUUUAAACUCACAAUAACAGAUUAAUUUUUCAUCAAGAAUUAAAGUGUUUCUUGGGCUGAAAAGAAGUCUUGAUGGUUAAGAGCACUGACUGCUCAUUUAGAGGUCUUGAGUUCAAUUCCCAGCAACUACAUGGCGGCUC